CAUCGACAGCACGAGAUGGCGGCCAUCUUGGCUAAGGGCAGCUCCGGCUUCAGUCCUUGUGAAAGGCAUGGAAUGAGGUGACCAUUUUGUCUAAGGGCACCAAUUCACGGGAGAGGCGUCGCUUACAAGCCCCCGCCAAUUACCGCGAGAGUUGGUGGCCGGCCUCAUGCGGGGGGGGGGAGGGGGUAGGUGUCGGUGAGUCUGGUCGCGCUGCUCCCGCCCCCCCCCCACCCCCCCGCUUGCGCCGCGGGACUUCGGGGCAGCUGCUGAGCCUGUCCCGGCGGCACCUCCAGCUACAGCCGGACCCGCCAGGCCCGGAGCAUGGGGAAGAUCGGGCUGCAGCUGAAGGCUACUCUGGAAAAUAUUACAAACCUCAGACCGGUGGGGGAGGAUUUUCGCUGGUACCUGAAGAUGAAAUGUGGGAACUGCGGUGAGAUUUCUGAAAAAUGGCAAUACCUGCGAUUAAUGGACAGUGUUCCUCUUAAGGGAGGCAGAGGGAGUGCCACUAUGGUGCAGAAAUGCAAGCUGUGCUCCAGAGAGAAUUCCAUUGAUAUCUUAAGAGACACAAUGAAGCCUUAUAAUGCUGAAGACAGUGAGAAGUUUAAGACAGUAGUGGAGUUUGAGUGCCGAGGUCUUGAGCCAGUUGACUUUCAACCACAGGCUGGGUUUGCUGCUGAAGGUGCAGAGUCUGGCACACCUUUUAGUGAAAUAAACUUGCUGGAAAAGGACUGGAAUGACUAUGAUGAAAAAGUAAAGGAGUCUGUUGGAAUUUAUGAAGUUACCCAUAAGUUUCUAAAAUGCUAAAACUGCUUUUAAUAAAAUCUUGACACCUUGGCCAAGUAAUGGACUGUAGCUAUUACAGAAGUUCCUCCAGAGUGACUUUCUGCAUGGCUGUACUUCAAAAAUCAAAUGUUAUAUCAGCCGAGUUGUACUUGCUGUCCCAAGAUGGACUAAUAAAGUCAUUUUCCACCAGUCUGA